AUGUGUAAACACCUCUGUAAAAAAAAGUUGAUUAAAACAAAAAAAAAAUUCAAAAUGUCACAACAAGAACAUUAUAGCCUUCGGUGGAACAAUCACCAAAAUCACAUAUUGCGUGCAUUUGACACACUGCUGCAAACAAAGACGCUGGUCGACGUGACUCUCGUGUGCGCCGAAACGAGUAUACGAGCACACAAAGUCGUCUUGUCGGCAUGUUCGCCGUUUUUUCAGCGCGUUUUCAGCGAAACGCCCUGCAAACACCCGGUUAUUGUGCUGAAAGACUUUCGCGGAUGGGUCGUUCAAGCAAUUGUUGACUUUAUGUAUCGCGGCGAAAUCAGUGUGCCGCAAGAACGACUCCAAACUCUCAUUCAUGCCGGCGAAUCUUUGCAAGUUCGAGGCUUAGUUGAUCAUCCCGUAGCGAUGAAUACUCCGACACCGGCAGCAUCUCCCGAAGAUUUCAGUAUUUUGGACUCUUCGAUCGUGUCGCCGACAAGCCCGAGUCCCAAUUUCACGUCGAUUAGCCAAAAUUCGUCGAAACUUUUGAUUCCGCCGCAUUUCGUGACUGAUCCAACGAUGAAUUUAGUCAAUCGCGAGCAUCGGGAAUGCAUUUCGCCGACGCCGCGACGAAAACAGGCGCGUCCCAGACGUCGUUCGGGCGAAUGUGGGCCUCAUGAUUUGAUGAGUAAUAGCAACAGUAAGCCCGGGACGCCCGAAAUUUCGAUGAAAAGCGAUUUGGAGCACAAACGCAUGAUGGACGAUGAGGAAAAUGACAUGAACGACGACGAUAAAAUCGAAGAAAUCAAGUCAGAAGCGGAAGAAAUCGAAGACGACGACGACAUUUUGGAACAGAGACACGAGGAAAUCAAGCAAAAAGAGAAAGAUGAACAUGCGGAAGACAGUCCGGAGAAUUUGUGCAUGAAAAAUUCGGUAAAUUCAUCGCCAAAGACAUCGGGAAAUAAAAUGAACAACAACAACGAAGCAGCUUCCAAUGAAAAUAAUCGCGGAAUUGGCUUGAAAGAUAUUCGACAUCGCGGCGGAUCGAUGCAUCGUUCACGAAAUCAUCCGAAUUUUCAUCCUUUUCCGCCAUUUACGAGCCUGACGCCGCCCCCUUCCUUUCAUCUGAACAACAAUCCCCCGCUGGGACAUCAGAAGGAACACAUGAAAGCCGAAUCUGAGGACGGGAGAGCGAUGGAUGACGAUUCGAUGAUGGAACCCUUGGAUAUUAAUCAGCCACUGCCCCCGAAUCAUGGCUCGAGUAUGCGCGGCGAACAUCAACGCAGCAUGGAAAAUAAUAAUUUUUCGAAUAAGCAUGGGAAUAAGGAUUUUUUGCCGAACCCGUUGAACUUUCAUCCGCAUUUUAAUCAGCAAGAUGGACCGCCGUUUCCGCCAAUGCCCUCGAUGUCGGCACUUGCGUUGUCGUCGCCACAUUUGUUUGGAUUAGAUGCCCCUUUUGGACUAUUUCCUCCGGGAAUGGAUCCCGGCAAAAUGUACAAUCCGUUGAUGGAGUUGUCAGAUCCGCGAACCAUGCAUCCAGAUCAUCCUCCUCCGCCGUUUUUGAAAAAGAAAUUAAGUCGCGCAAAGAGUCAACAUUCCGCUCCUCGCGGAGGUCCUCCCCGUUCAUGGACAAAUGCUGAACUCACAAAGGCUCUCGAACACGUUUGGAACAAGAAAAUGACCACAAGUCAAGCUUCUCGCAUCUUCGGCAUCCCCUACAACUCCCUCUUGAUGUACGUUCGUGGCAAAUACGGCAAAAGUUUAAAACUCGAGCAACUCCGCAAAGAUUGCAUCAGCGGUCCUCCCAUCGAAAUCAUUCAACGCGGCAUUUCCGGACACAUUUCUUCCAGCAAAGAUCGCAACAAGGAAAAAGAAUCGCAACGCGAUCACGACGUCCCGCAUGCCCAAGGCCCCCGAAGCUCGUCAUCCGAACCCGAUUUGCUUUCGAGCCCAAAUCCGUUCUUCAGUUCGUUUCCGCCCGGAUUUUAUCCCGAUUUUGGCGAAGGAUUUCCGCGACUUCCGUUAGACAUGUCGAGUCUCUUGUCAUCGGAUCGACAUCCGCCGCAUCCGUUGCCGAUCAACUUGGAUGACGAUUGUCGGAGUAACGGCAGCAAACAAAGCGCCGAAGAUGAUUUUCCGCAACAACCGCUCGCCUUGAGCAGGAAUGAGGAGCGCCGGGAACGCGAACAGCAACGAGAACGGGAACGACGCGAAGAGAGAGAUUGCGAAAGCAGAGAACGGGAACGCGAGGGAAGUAGCAAUAGUUUGAAUAAUCUGAACCAACAAGUACCGAAACCCCUUGUUCGUCUAUGA